AUGGCCAUUAAACAAAAGAUUGGUAAAACUCGCUUGGAUAAAUACUACUUCAUGGCCAAAGAUCAUGGUUAUAGAGCUAGAUCUGCUUUCAAAUUAAUUCAGAUUAAUCAAUCUCAUAAUAUUCUUUCUGGUGUUCAUUCGGUUGUUGAUCUCUGUGCGGCCCCUGGAGGUUGGCUUCAAGUCGUUUCUAAAGCAGUUCGUCCUCCCAGUAAAGUCAUUGGAGUUGAUUUAGAUCCAAUCAAAGCUAUUUUUGGUGUUGAUACUUUAAUAGGUGAUAUUACUGAUGAAAUGUGCAAAACAGAGAUAUUAAAUCGAGUGGGAGAUACUGAAGUAGAUUUAGUUCUUCAUGAUGGUGCGCCUAAUGUAGGAGCUUCUUGGGAAAGAGAUGCUUAUGCUCAGAAUGAGUUAGUUUGUCAUGCAGCUAAGUUAGCUUGUCAGAUCUUGAAGAAGAAUGGGACUUUUGUGACUAAAGUCUUUCGUUCUAAGGACUUUAAUGCUCUUGUUUGGAUGUGCUCGCAACUAUUUACUGAGUGUUUAACUACUAAGCCGCGUAGUUCGCGUGAGGAGAGUGCUGAAGUCUUUCUAGUCUGUCGAGGGUACCGUAAACCAGCUGAACUGGAUGAACGAUUCUUUGACCCACAAUUUGUCUUUGCUGAAGCGGCUGAAGUAAGUCCGGGUGCUAAUACUUUGAGUGCUUUACUGGAAGGUCGAGUUAAUCUUAAUGACUGCACUAAGAUUGAAAUUGAUUGUAUGUCGCAUAUGAUUGAUGAAGAGACAAGGAUUCUACUAGGCGACUUGCAAUUAGUGAGUGAUUUUGAGAAGAAGAAGUUAGGCCGAGUAAUUAAGAAGAUAGCUAGAGUAUGGAUUGCACGUCGAGGUGGCAACAGUCCAGAAGAAGUAGUUGAUACACGGACAAGGGCUGAGAGACAACGGGAUGAAGAACUAGAGAUUAGAAAAAGAGCUAUCCGUCGGGCUAAAGUCAGUGAACGUCGUGUACUAGCUCGUCGGGCUAAGCGUCUGGGUCUAACUGAGCAGGACAUUACGGAGAUAGAGAAGGUUCAUGGCGACUUCUUUGAAGAUGCCAUCUUUGAUGAUGAAGAGGAGAGUAGUACGGAAGAGGUCAAACCCAGGUACAGAGAGGUUAAUAGUGAUGAAAAAGGAGAAGAUGCGAUGGAAGUAGAAAAUGAGAUGGAAGUAGGAGAUGGCGUAGAAGAUGAUAGUGAUAUUGAGGAGGAAGAUGAAGAUGAAGAGGAAGAAGUGAAUGACUUUGAAGUGCCAGAGGAAGGCCGGGAUGAUUACGAUGAUCAGAAUGAUAGUGAUGCCGAUUCGUGUUCCUCUUCACUUGAUCUGGAAGAUAAAGUUUGUGGGUACAGAUUGCGUGAAGAUGAAGAGGAGUUUGAGAAUGAUGGAAUUGAUAGGUAUGUUUAUGAUGAUGGGGAUGAUGAAAACUUGCCGCAAUUCUUUAAGGAUGAUGAGGCUAAGUAUAAUCGGAGGUUUGUCUUUAAUGAAGAUAGAGAAGAUUUAGAAGAGAAAGUUACCUUAUCUAAAAAGAACCUUGAACUCAAAGCCCGACAGAAUCGCCGAGUUGAUCGCAAGAUCCAGAAGAUCAAAGACCGAAUGGACGACAAAGAACAAGAUGUGGACCUUCGAGCCGUCCGUAAGGGUGCCAUGAAGAAGCAGAAGCGAGAGAGAAAGCAAAUGAUCUUCUCAGGACCCGCCCGGACUAUUCCUCAUAUUCAAGGCCGGAUCAAAAUGACCGAUCGCCGUAUGAAAAAGGACAAAGCCGGUCUUAAACGCGCAGAAGAAAGGAAGGCCCGAGGCCGUCGGUAG